CCCUGUCCCCUGGAGCCAGAUGAAGCCUUCAGGCCUAGGCCCCCUGAGCCUAGCCCCCCAGGAGCCCAUGGGGAUGCUCCCCGUGAAGGUCGAGGAGGAUGCUCUCUGGGGCCGGGGCCUCACGCCCGGUCCUGAGACCGCCCGCCAAUGCUUCCGGGGCUUCCCCUACCAGGAGGCGGCCGGGCCCCGGGAGACCCUCUGCUGCCUCCGGGAGCUGUGCCGUCGGUGGCUGAGGCCCGAGCGGAGAACCAAGGAGCAGAUCCUGGAGCUUCUGGUGCUGGAGCAGUUCCUCACCGUCCUGCCCCGGGAGAUCCAGGCCUGGGUGCGGGAGUGGAGGCCGGAGAGCGGCGAGGAGGCCGUCACCCUGGUGGAGGGCCUGCAGAGGGAACCCGGGGUGCCGAGCCAGUGGGUCGCCUCAGAGAGGAUGGAGGCCCUCACUCUGCCCGUGGAUUUGAGGCCCAGGGGGCCAUCCCAGGAGGAGGGGGCUCGGGGCCUGGUACCCCAACCGGAGCGGAGCCCCAUCGUGCAGGAGGAGCGACGAGCGGCUCUGCAGGACAGUGCACAGCCUAUUUCCCAAGUUCCCGCCCUUUCCAAGGAAGAGUGUGAUGGAGACCGGGGGGCGGCAGUCACGGCUGGGUCCCAGGGGCCGGUCGCCUUCCAGGAUGGGCCGGAAGAGGAGCUGCGGCAACGGGAUGGACAGAAGCCGGGGGCCUGCGGAGAUCCGUCCGUCCAGGAGGAGGGAUGUGUGAGGGCUCCCUGGGCAGGACCCCCAUCCGACGCUGCCCCCAAACUCGGAGCUGGGGAUGGACCGUGGGCUUCAGGGCUCCGGCACUGGGAGCAGAGGGACGCUACCCAAGUGAUGCUCACAGGAGACCCGAGCGAGAGCGAACCGAAGCCCGCCGGAGGCCCCGAGAAGGCCGAGCGGCACAGCGCGUUUUCGGGGGGCGCCCCGGGCCCCGACCGCAGGACCCCCUGCAAGGAGGAGCCCAGGAGGGUCUUGGGGAGGAGAGCCGAGCUCCCCGUCCCGCGCUUCGUCGGCUUCCCCCUGGCCCCGCACGCCCCGCCGGGCAAACCCCACGCCUGCCCCGAGUGCGGGAAGGGCUUCCUCAAGCCGGCCCACUUCAGCCGGCACCUGCGGAGCCACACGGGCGAGAAGCCCUACCAGUGCGCCGAGUGCGGGAAGAGCUUCGGCCGGAACGAGCACCUGAUCCGCCAUCAGCGGACCCACCUCGGGGAGCGGCCCUUCAAGUUGCCCAAGUGCCGGAAGAGCUUCCUGUGGGCCGCCGCCCACCCCCUGAGGCACCAGACCCGGGAGAAGCCCUACGAGUGCUGCCAGUGUGGGAAAAGUUUCUACUGGCGCGAGCACCUGAUCCGCCACCAGAAGACCCACACGGGCGAGAGACCCUACGGCUGCCGGGAGUGCGGGAAGAGCUUCGGCCGGCGGGAGCACCUCAUCAGGCACCAGAGGACCCACGCCGGGGAGAAACUCUUCCCCCGCCGCCCCCUCUGGGAGAGCUACCGGCAGGGGAUGGAGCUGGCCGUCCACCCGAGAGGCCUCCUGGCAGCCGGGCCCCACGGGACUGGCACCUGUGGGAAAAGCUUCGUCCAGGGGACCCCCAUGGGAGAGGGGGUCUGACCCGGCGCCCUCCGUCUCCCUCCUCUCCUGCGGACGUGUUCCUCCUCUUUGGCUUUUCCCCCGACUCCUGACCUUAACUGCUGGGGGGGAGGAAGGAGCGAAAGCCACGGGGCGGCGUUACCCCAGGGGGACUCGAGCGCUUUUGGAGGUGUGAGUUGGCUUGUCUCCGUGGGUUCGGAGUCCUUUAGUAGGGGGAGGCCUCCAAGAGAUCGGGUUCCCCCGAAAGCCCUGCCCUUUCCCCGGGGUGCGGCCCGGUUCUGGGCCUUUCUCGGGGCGCAGCGGGCCGCUCCGAGGGCUGAGGGCCGGCCCCGUCUUGGACCGAACGGUGCCUGGUAAACUCCCAGUCCUUCUGCCCCAUCCCUGUGAAGCCACCAGGGAUUUGAUUUGUCUUCCUGGGGAUGAUCUGUCGGAACUAGGAGUGCAUGACUGCUCCACCCCGAGAGCCAGGGCUCUGUGACUAUUUCCCCCUACAGAGACUCCACGGAGGAAAGUUUUGCCUCGGGGGCUGAGCAAGGCCCCACUCCCCUCUCUGGGUUACAAGGACGAAUGUGAUGGGUCUGAUGGGGUGGUUUUUGGUGCUCCUGGGACUGCUGUCCCUCCCGCUGUACCCCAAAGUGGCCUUUCCCAACCGCCCUCUCUGGAGUGAGGCCUCCAGGAAAGGGAGCUGGAAUCGUUGGCUUGCCAUUUACCUCCCUCCCCCCUCAACAACGGUCAGUUCAACCAGGGUUGACUUGGACCGGUUGGGCCCAGGGCGACUUUUGGCGACCAGCACCAGCGCUCUGAGUCAGCCCAGAUGACUUGGGCUCCGGUCUCUCGUUCCCCUGGAGGUCCAGGUGUGUCUGUGGAAGAACCACCCGAAACCUCCGAUGGGCCCCCAUAUCAGUGUGCCCUCAGAUGCCCGGGUCAUCCUCAGACACGACUCCCCAAGGAGUUACCCCCGAGCUCGCCCGCGAGGCUCCCAUACGAUGGUCCUUCUCCACACCCGGAGGGUGGGCGAGGGGCACCAGGGUACCCAGCCCUCCUCCCGCCAGCUCUUCACUGGGAAACAUAAGCCCAGCGAGACCCUCCCCUUCCCCAGACUCCCUGUUUUCUCUUCCACCUCAAUCGCUCCCCAACUACCUCCCUAAGAUGCAUGUACGCUCUACAGGUUGACAAAAAAAAAGCUGAUUUUUUUUUUUCUAACCGAGUAGCUCUGGCCAGAUUCUUUCAUGAGCAUCGGGGAACUGGGAGGGAGGGGCGGCUCCCAUAAACACCUGUCAAGCCUCGGGGUUGGGAGAUGCGGGAGACCCGGUGAACCAGCCGAGUCUGCGGAAAAACCAAAAGGGAGUUGAAGGGAAAACGGCAGAGCCCAUACAUGUGACGCUUCGUUGGAUUCAAAGUUUGAUUUCGCCAGUGUAUUUCUGAACAGCCCUGAUCAAUCAGUCAUUGUAAUUAUUGAGUGCUU